CCUCCCUGGUUAAGUCCCCAGGCUUUAGUCUAGUUUACCCAACAAAGUCAGUGGGACAUUGAAUCCUAAAUCUCUUCCCUUCCUCACGCUCCACCGCCCCAUUUAUGAGGCCUUUCACAGCAGGCAGCACCAGAAACAACGCCUGCCUGGACCUCAAUGAAUGAGCGGAGGAGUGAAUGAAUGAACGAGAGGAAUGAAAGAAGAAACAUCACUACAGCAGUGAUGUGUGAAGUGAAUUAUGAGGAAACAAUCCAAGGUGUUUGCCUUUGACCAUUGUUUCUGGUCCAUGGAUGAGUCCAACAUGCCCAAGUAUGCUGGUCAAGAGGUGGUGUUCCAGUGCCUUGGUGAGGGAAUACUGGAAAACGCCUUUCAAGGAUACAAUGCCUGCAUUUUCGCCUACGGACAAACAGGGUCAGGGAAGUCCUUCUCCAUGAUGGGGAAUAAGAAGGCUCCAGGGCUGAUCCCCAGGCUGUGCUGCUCCCUGUUUGAGAGGAUCGGCCGGGAGGACAGCCAGGUUCUCUCCUUCAAGGUGGAGGUCUCCUACAUGGAGAUAUACAACGAGAAGGUCCGUGACCUGCUGGACCCUAAAGGGAGUCGACAGUCUCUGAAGGUCAGAGAGCACAAGGUUCUGGGUCCGUAUGUGGACGGUCUGUCACAACUGGCGGUCACCAACUUUGAGGACAUUGAGGUGUUGAUGUCGGAGGGGAAUAAGUCGAGGACGGUAGCGGCCACCAAUAUGAAUGAGGAGAGCAGUCGUUCCCACGCCGUUUUCAGCAUCAUCGUCACACAGACACUCUACGACCUGAAGUCUGGGAACUCAGGGGAGAAGGUGAGCAAGAUGAGCCUGGUGGAUCUGGCUGGUAGUGAGCGUGUAUCUAAAACUGGAGCUGCAGGGGAGAGGCUGAAGGAGGGCAGCAACAUCAACAGGUCUCUUACCACACUGGGCUGUGUGAUCUCUGCGCUGGCGGACCAGUCUGCGGGGAAGGGGGGGAAGAAUAAGUUUGUUCCUUACAGAGACUCUGUCCUCACCUGGCUUCUCAAGGACAACCUGGGUGGCAACAGUAAGACGUGUAUGAUCGCCACGGUGAGCCCAGCAGCUGAUAACUACGAGGAGACGUUGUCCACGCUGCGUUACGCAGACCGCGCCAAGAGGAUCGUCAACCACGCCGUCGUCAAUGAAGACCCCAACGCACGGAUCAUCAGAGAGCUCCGGGAGGAAGUGGAGAAACUCAGAGUACAGCUCUCUCAGGCUGAGUCUCUAAAGGCUCCAGAGCUGAAGGAGAGGCUUCAGGAGUCAGAGAAGCUGAUCCAGGAGAUGACCGUUACCUGGGAGCAGAAACUACGCAACACAGAGGAGAUUGCUACGGAGCGUCAGCAGCAGUUAGAGAGUAUGGGGAUCUCCCUGGAGACGUCUGGGAUCAAAGUUGGAGAUGACAAGUGCUUCCUGGUCAACCUGAAUGCAGACCCCGCCCUCAAUGAGCUGCUGGUCUACUACCUAAAGGAACACACGCUUGUGGGUGCAGACACCUCUCAGGACAUCCAGCUCUUUGGGAUUGGUAUCCAGUCAGAACACUGUGUGUUGGAGAUCAGCCCAGAUGGGGGGGAGGUCACCCUCACCCCUAUAGAGAAUGCCAGAACCUGUGUGAAUGGAACCAUGACUGAGUCCUUGGUCCACCUGUGGCAUGGAGACCGCAUAUUGUGGGGCAACAACCACUUCUUCAGGAUAAACCUGCCUGGGAGGAAGCGGCGUGAGCGUCUGAAGGAGCUGGAGAGGGAACGGGCGUCCAGGGAGAGCUAUGUAGAGGUAGACGUAGAGACAGACAGCGAGGCCUCCUCAGAACAGGACUACAGCUAUGAGUUCGCCCAGACGGAGGUCAUGAUGAAGACCCUGGGAAACAACGAUCCCAUGCAGAAUGUGGUCCAGGUUUUAGAGAAGCAGUACCUGGAGGAGAAACGCACAGCGCUGGAGGAACAGAGGAUGAUGUAUGAGAGAGAGCUGGAGUCACUACGGCAACAGCUGUCUCCUGAGAGGACCAAUCAGCAUCAGCGAUCCAGCAGCGAUCGCCUCACCUUCCCCACACACACACCAUCACACCACAGCAAGAUACGCCCCUGGACUGAGGAGAGGGACGAGCUGUUUCGUCAGAGUCUGUCCAGGCUGAGGGAGCAGGUUGUCAAGGCCAACACCCUGGUGAGAGAGGCCAACUUCCUGGCAACGGAGAUGAACAAACUGACUGACUACCAGGUCACCCUCCAGAUCCCUGCAGCUAACCUCAGUGCCAACCGCAAGCGUGGAGCCAUAGUGAGUGAACCAGCCAUCCUGGUGAGGUGGAAAGGGAAGGGGACACAGGUCUGGACCAUCGACAAGCUGGACAACAAACUAGUGGACAUGAGAGACCACUACAGAGACUGGAAGGAGGGAGCUGAGGACACGCAUAACAAGCUGAACAACCACAAGCAGCACAGUGAGUCCUUCUAUGAAGCUCAGGAGAACCACAACCUGAUAGGAGUGGCCAACGUCUUUCUGGAGUGUCUGUUCCACGAUAUCAGACUACAGUACGCUGUUCCUAUCAUCAGCCAGCAGGGGGAGGUAGCCGGCAGGCUCCACGUAGAGCUGAUGCGUGUCAGUGGGGCGGUGCCGGACCGGCUGGAGGGCGGAGAUGACUCGUCAGAGAACUCCAGUGAGAGCAGCAUCUACGAUGUGAUGGACACUCAGGGAGAGAUGGUCCACAUGGCCAGGAAACUCACCUGCAGGGUGCGUAUCAGGGAGGCGACGGGGCUGCCUCUCAACCUUUCCAAUUUCGUCUUCUGCCAGUACACCUUCUGGGAGGGGGCGGAGCCUACGGUGGCCCCGCCCAUGGUCAGCCCAGACACGCCAACCACGCCCCGCAGCCCCGACGCCCAGUUCACCGUCCGCUUCGACCACUGCAAGGAGUAUGUGGUCCAUGUGACAGAGGAGUUUUUAGAGUUCAUCGCAGACGGGGCGCUGGCCAUCGAGGUGUGGGGUCACCGCUGUGCCGGGAACGGACGCUCUCUCUGGGAGCUGGACGCACUGCUGGCCAAGACACGCACCCUACGAGACAGGUGGAGUGAGGUGUCUCGUCGUAUUGAGCUGUGGGUUUCUAUCCAGGAGCUGAAUGAGCAGGGGGACUACUCUGAUGUAGAGAUGCAUCCUGGGAAGGACAUUGGUACUGGAGGAGUGUUCCAGCUCAGACAG